CACUAGCUCCCCAUGGCAUCUCCUCCUCAUGCAUCAGAGGAUGAGAUCCAAAGUGAAAUUGCCCUUCUUGAAAGUCGCUUAAACGAAGCAAAAGCCCGUCUUAGCGCUCUCAGCUCAUCUUCAACGCCUUCAAUCCCAUUCCGUCCUCAAUUAUCCGCCUCCUCAUCCACGCAUUUCCUCUUCCUGCUGUCAGACUCCGCCCUUCCCAUCGGAUCCUUCGCCUUCAGCAGCGGUCUCGAGUCCUUCGCCGCGCAUAAUCGCCGCGCCUCCUCCUUCGGCACGUUUCUGCCUCUGUCGCUCUCAUCCUUCGCCUCCACGACGCUGCCGUUUGUGCUCGCCGCGCAUCGCGAUCCUGCUUCUCUCGCGGCUCUGGACGAUGAGCUCGAUGCGGCCGUGAUCUGCACCGUCGGUCGGCGCGCCAGCGUCGCUCAGGGAAGGGCCUUGCUGAGCAUCUGGGAGCGCUCCUUUAAGACGACUCUUCCCCCGGGCAGCGAGGACGAUGCGCUCAUCUUGAAGGACUUUUCAACGCUCCUGCGUCGCGAGAGUAACAACGCAGGCGGCGAAGCUCCCCUCGUUUCGGCCCAUCUUGGCCCGCUGUUCGGCGCGAUUUGCGCCAUCGUGGGGUUGACACUAAGACAGACGGCCUAUGUCUUUAUGCUGAGCCACGUCAAGGCGUUGAUCUCAGCUGCAGUGAGGGCAAACAUGUUUGGGCCAUAUCAGGCGCAGAAGCUACUCGCCAGCGAGAAUGUUCAGACCAUGAUCAAUGCCAUGGUGGAAAGGGAAUGGCAUACGCCUGUUGAGGAGGCUGGGCAGAGCGUACCGAUUGUGGAUUUAUGGGUUGGGCGGCAUGAGCUACUUUACUCAAGAAUAUUCAAUAGCUGAAUGAGAC